AUGAAUGUGAAAGAGUUGGACAAGAUUUACAGGAAAUUGGACUUUAGAAUUAUUCCAGCCUUGUGGUGUCUCUAUUUCUUGACAUCUUUCGGGUCAAGUGCCUAUGGUUUGACCUUGACAAUGAACCUGGAAGUCGGCCAUUCUUUGGGACAACAUUUGCACCUCACCCCCAAGAACAUUUCGACUGCUUCUGCAUUGUACUAUGUUGGUUACAUUAUUUUUGAUGUUCCCAUGAACUUAAUAAUGACUAAGGUUAGCCCUCAGUCUUGGCUUUCCAGAAUUGUGAUUACUGUUGGUUUGGUUUAUACUUGCUAUCACGUUUUGCAAUCCAGCGGUGCACUUAUUGCCUGUCGCUUUAUUUCUGGUAUGGUUGGCGCUGGUACUUGGCCAGGGAUGAGUUACUAUAUCUCUCUUUGGUAUCCAAACGAAAGACUGACUAGAAGAAUCGGAUAUUAUUUUACCGCAGCCCAGAUUUCGGCUGCAGUCGCUGGUUUGGUUAGUGCUGGUUUUCAGAAAAUGGAUGGAGUCAGAGGUUACACUGGUUGGCAAUGGAUGUACUUGGUUUAUGGUGUGAUAACCAUUGCUGUAGGUAUCCUGUUGUUAUGGUGGUUGCCUGACAGACCAUUCAAGGAACCUACUGACAGCCCUAACAAGUUAAUCCAGUUAUACCAUAAGUUCCUUACUCCACCUCACCCAUUGAAUGACAAAGAAAAGGAAUUACAUAGAAAGGAUCUUGAGCAUAGAUACAAAUUGUUGAAGUGGACUUGGAAAGACGUCAUUGAUGUCAUCACUGACUUGAGAAUCUGGCCCUUGAUUAUCAUGUACUUCGGUGUUGUUGGUACCGGCUUUGGUUUGGCAGUAUUUGGAUCUACAAUUAUUGCUACUAACAACCCUAAUCUCACCUCUAUUCAAGUAUCAUUAUUGUAUGCUCCAAUCUGGUUAUUUGACUUGGCUGGUAUCUUGAUUAUCACUCCUUUCGCCGACAAAUUCAAGAGGUUGCGUGCCUUAAUCUUCUCCCUUGCUUGUCUUGUUAUCAUGUGCGGAAUGUUUGUUACCACUUUUGCACGCGGAUCUUGGAACAAGUACGGUGGGUUGUUGAUUGCAGGUUUCGGUUUGGGACCAACAGUUCCUAUAUGUAUGUCUUGGACAGCUGAAAUAUUUGGGCCAAGGUAUGGUGAUGUUGGAACUGCUGUAAGUGCUGCUCUUGUCAGUGGUUUAGGCAAUCUUGGAUCUGUCACAGCUACCUAUGCCUUGUACAGUGGAUGGCCAGCCGACAAAAAGAGAUUGUUCAGAAACUCCAAUAUGAUGUUGGUAGUGAUGUUAGGAGCCAGUAUUAUUGCCUCUGUAGUGUGUCACUUGCUCAGAAAUAGAGUUAGACAACAGAAAUAG